CCCUUCCAUCCGCCUAUCGCAAAAAUUUCAAUUCUUCGCUCUCUUUCUCUUUCAAUUGCCUCUUUGUUUAAUUGUUUUUGCACUGCUUUCUUUGUACUUGUUACUCUUAUAGCUAGUCAAUAGUUUGUUUUUAACAUGGUUUACAUAAAAAACCACCCACAAUCAACCUUGCCACCAGGGUUUAGGUUCCACCCAACUGAUGAAGAGCUCAUUCUUCAUUACCUUAAGAAGAAGGUGGCUUCUAUUCCUUUCCCUGUUUCCAUCAUCGCUGAUGUUGAUAUAUAUAAGUUUGAUCCUUGGGAUUUACCAGCUAAAGCCGCCUUUGGAGAGAAAGAGUGGUAUUUUUUCAGUCCUCGAGAUCGAAAAUACCCGAAUGGAGCUAGGCCGAACAGGGCGGCGGCAUCCGGGUAUUGGAAGGCGACAGGCACCGACAAGAUCAUUCUGACCUCGUCAGUGGCACCAGGAGGAGGAGGAGCUCAGGAAAACAUUGGUGUGAAGAAGGCUCUUGUGUUUUACAAGGGAAGGCCUCCAAAGGGUGUCAAGACUAAUUGGAUCAUGCAUGAAUAUCGCCUUGCGGAUAGCCCCAAUGGCUUGAAUAACAACAAACCAAUGAAAUCUAGAGACAGUUCCAUGAGGUUAGAUGAUUGGGUUCUUUGCCGGAUCUAUCGAAAGUCCCACGUCUCUUCGCCAACAUCAAAUUCAGCAGCAAGUGAUGAUCUUGAAGAAGAAUUUUUGCAAGAACCGAUCCUUAAAAGCCCCCCAAACCACAACACCUUGAGGUCUCAGAAGUCUUCUUCAUUCUCCAACUUACUAGACGCCAUGGAUUACUCAAUGCUGAGUAAUUUUCUCUCUGAGACUCAAACAGGAAUCGAAUCCAAUCCUCUGUUCACUUCUGGGAUUCUCGAGCAGCCGGUUUUCAACAACGGAAUCAACAGCGGCGGCAACACCAAUGGCUACAUCAUUCAAAAGCUGCCUCCACUGAACUCUUCACCCCCCAACCUGGAGAACAAGCUGAAGCGCGCUCAUUCAAACAUGGAUGAUAAUUUGUUGCACCCAUCAAAGAAGUUCAUCAAUUCUUGCAGUUUCACUAAUACAACUGAUCAAACUGAUCCUCAGAACAACUUCCUACUCCAGACAUUCUUCAAUCAGCAAUUAAUUUUGAGCCCACAUCUUCAGUUUCAAGGAUAAGUGAAAGAACCUAAAAAGUGAGACCCAAAAAAAAGGAAAAAAAUCAUCUAAAAGGAAAGAAUAUUAAAAUCACCCAAUGCUGAGCUAGCCAAGGCCUGGGUGAAGAAGUGUACACAUUUAUAUGUGACUUUUCUUCUUCUUCUUUUUUUUUUUUUUUUUUUUUCAAUUUUUGUGUUGGAAAAUGACAAAGUUGGAUUAGAAACAUUGAACUUCUUGUACCAGAAGAAGAUAUCAUUAUAAAGUCAAAAAGUUGGUUUUAAAAAAAAUGCACCAAGGGAGUUGAUAAACAA